GGACCUCCUCCAGAAGACCCGGGAACUGGACUGAGAACAAGUAAUUUACCUUCAGAUCAACGUAGAGUUUUCAUAACAUAUUCUUUGGAUGCUGCAGUCCCAGUUAUACAACUAGCAAAUAUACUCUGCGCUAAUGGAUUCAAGGCAACAAUUGACAUUUUCGAGGGAUCUCUCCGGGGGAUGGACAUCAUUAGGUGGAUGGAACGAUAUCUCAGUGAUAUGGGUGUCAUGAUCAUCAUAGCGAUAAGUCCACAGUACAAGAAAGAUGUAGAAGAGGAUUUGGGUCAGGGUAGAGAUGACCAUGGUCUACACACACGAUACAUCCACAGAAUGAUGCAGAUGGAGUUCAUUAAACAAGGAAGUCUGAACUUUAGAUUCAUCCCUGUUCUUUUUCCAUUUGCAACAGAGGAACAUGUGCCUAACUGGCUAAGAAACACUCACAUUUACCGUUGGCCGGAGGAUAUGCGGAGGCUGUUUCUUCGCUUGCUUCGGGAGGAAGAAUAUAUUAGUGCCCCAGUUGGAGAUUUACCAGUGCUGCAAGUGAGAAGUAUCUGCUAGGACGCAGAUUCAAGACUUGGAUGUUAUGACAAUCAUUCUAUAAAACUCU